UUUUACCAGUUUGUUUGCAUUCUCACCUGAGAUUUGCAUUUGCUGCUCUCUUCCAUGGAUUGCGUGUACAAGGAUCCCGCCGCUCCCGUGGAGGCGCGUGUCAAGGACCUCCUCUCGCGGAUGACUCUCCUCGAGAAGAUCGGCCAAAUGACUCAGAUCGAGCGCAGCGUCGCUUCCGCCGCCGCCAUCAGAGACCGCUUCAUCGGGAGUGUGCUGAGUGGAGGAGGAAGCAAGCCGUUUGACAAUGCCAACUCGGCGGAUUGGGCGGAAAUGAUCGACGGCUUCCAGAAGGGGGCUCUGGAGACGCGCCUCGGCAUCCCUAUUUUCUACGGCGUCGACGCCGUCCACGGGAACAACAAUGUCUACGGCGCCACCAUUUUUCCUCACAACAUUGGCCUUGGCGCCACUAGAGAUGCAGAUUUAGUCAGGAAGAUUGGGGAGGUAACAGCUAUUGAAGUUAGGGCAAGCGGAGCCCAUUAUGCAUUUGCUCCAUGUGUUGCUGUUACCCGAGACCCCAGAUGGGGAAGAAGUUAUGAAAGUUAUAGUGAAGACACUGAAAUAGUCAGAAAGAUGACCUCUCUUGUUACAGGCUUGCAAGGACAGCCACCUGAAGGGCAUCCAAAGGGCUAUCCAUUUCUGGCUGGGAGAAAAAACGUUCUUGCAUCCGCCAAGCAUUUUGUUGGUGAUGGUGGUACUGAUAAAGGUAUAAAUGAGGGAAAUACCAUAACGUCAUAUGAGGAUUUGGAGAGAAUUCACUUGGCACCAUAUUUGGAUUGUCUUUCCCAAGGAGUUUGCUCUGUAAUGGCAUCAUACUCUAGUUGGAAUGGAAAGAGAUUGCAUACUGACCAUUAUCUUCUUACCGAAGUUCUGAAAAACAAGCUAGGAUUCAAGGGCUUUAUAAUAUCAGACUGGGAGGCAUUGGACCGGCUUUAUGUCCCUCAUGGUUCAAAUUAUCGUCAGAGCAUCCUAUCAACCAUAAAUGCAGGGAUUGACAUAGUAAUGGUUCCUUUUAGAUAUGAACUAUUCUUGGAUGAAUUUCUUUCUCUUGUUGAGUCAGGGGAGAUACUAAUGUCCCGCAUUGAUGAUGCUGUUGAGAGGAUCUUGAGAGUCAAAUUUGUUGCUGGACUUUUUGAGUAUCCUCUGGCUGACUCAUCUUUACUAGAAUUAGUUGGUUGUAAGGCACAUAGAGAAUUGGCACGUGAAGCUGUUCGUAAGUCCUUGGUUUUGUUAAAGAAUGGGAAGGAUGGAAAAAAACCUUUACUCCCUCUAGACAAGAAGGCUAAGCGAAUUCUUGUUGCGGGAACACAUGCUGAUAACCUUGGAUUUCAGUGCGGAGGGUGGACAAUUACCUGGGAGGGAACAACUGGCAGAAUAACUGAAGGAACAACUAUUUUGGAUGCUAUAAAAGAAGCAGUGGAAGACGAGGCAGAAGUGAUAUACGAAUUAAAUCCUACUCCAGAAACAUUUUCUGGUCAAGAUUUCUCUUUUGCUAUUGUGGCCGUGGGUGAGGGUCCUUAUGUUGAAUCAGGUGGUGAUGAUCCGGAGCUCAAAAUCCCUUUCAAUGGAUCUGAGUUGGUGAACUUAGUUGCAGAUAAAGUUCCGACAUUGAUGAUUCUAGUAACAGGAAGGCCUUUGGUUUUAGAGCCACGGCUUUUAGAAAAGAUCGAUGCCUUGGUUGUUGCUUGGCUGCCAGGUUCCGAGGGCAGGGGAGUCACAGAUGUUGUCUUUGGAGAUUAUGCAUUUGAAGGACGACUGCCAGUGACAUGGUUCACCAGUGUCGAUAAGCUUCCGAUCCACGCGGGGGAGAAUUCUUCUGACCCUCUGUUCCCAUUUGGGUUCGGGUUAUCAUGCUAAAGCUGUGAGGUGAUCUUGAAUUUGGCAGUGGUAAUAAAGCAUGAAUUACAUCAAGAUUAAUUACACAGAAAGAAGCCGCUACUCGGAAUUCUUAAAUUGAGAUCCAAAUAUUCGUAUAUGGAUUGAUGUUGUAUUAUGAGUAUACUUGAUAUUGUGAAAUCCAGUAUCUUUAUGAAAUAUCAGCUAUGGUAUUAUUAUUUAUCAAA